AACAGGAAGGAGGAGGAGUACAGUUUUUAGUCUAUAACUGGAGAUCACAGAGUCUCACUCAGCAGCAAGACAGGAUGGAACUCACACCACUCUGCUGGCAGCUCUUGCUGUUGAGUACACUGGUAUACUCUACCCUCGGACAAGGUGGAGCCUCUCUGAGCAUCAGUCCGGACAGUUCUCAGUUCUUUAAAUAUAAGUCUGUCUCUCUGAGCUGUGAAGUUCAGGGGAACUCUGCUGGAUGGAGACUGAAGAGAAACACAGUCUCUGGGGAGCGUUCAGAUUGUGGAAGAAAAUGGGGAAAACAACAAGGGUCUUCAUGCAUCGUGUCACUAAUACCAUCAGACAGUGGAGUGUACUGGUGUGAGUCUGGGUCUGGAGAACACAGCAAUGCUGUCAACAUCACAGUACCUGUUCUCUUUAAUCCAGCGUCUCUGAGCGUCAGUCCUGACAGUUCUCAGUUCCUUAAAUAUGAGUCUGUCUCUCUGAGCUGUGAGGUUCAGGGGAACUCUGCUGGAUGGAGACUGAAGAGAUACACAGCCUAUGGGGAGCGUUCAGAUUGUGGAAGAAAAUGGGGAAAACCAGAAGGGUCUUCAUGCAUCGUGUAUCUAAUACCAUCACACAGUGGAGUGUACUGGUGUGAGUCUGGGUCUGGAGAACACAGCAAUGCUGUCAACAUCACAGUACCUGUUGGUGCUGUGAUCCUGGUGAGCCCUGCCCUUCCUGUGACUGAGGGAGAUUCUGUGACUCUGCGCUGCAGAUAUCAGGGAACUCCCUCUGACCUCACAGCUGUUUUCUACAAAGAUGGAUCCCUCAUCAGGACUGAGACUACAGGAGAGAUGACCAUCCCUGCAGUAUCCAAGUCAGAUGAAGGACUCUACAAGUGUACCAACUCUGAAGGAGAAUCACCAGAGAGCUGGAUGACUGUGACAGAUGGAGCUGUGAUCCUGGAGAGCCCUGCCCUUCCUGUGACUGAGGGAGAUUCUGUGACCCUGCACUGCAGAUAUCAGGGAACUCCCUCUGACCUCACAGCUGAUUUUUACAAAGAUGGAUCCCUCAUCAGGAAUGAGACUACAGGAGAGAUGACCAUCCCUGCAGUAUCCAAGUCAGAUGAAGGACUCUACAAGUGUACCAACUCUAAAGGAGAAUCACCAGAGAGCUGGAUGACAGUGACAGUUUUGUCCAUGUCUCUGCUCAGGCUGUUGUGUAGUCUACUGGUAGGGUCUCCCUACCUGCUGGUGACCAUCAUACUGCUGGUGAAAUGCUGCAGGAGCAGGACUCAAG